AUGGCUUCGAGGAUAAUCUUGAUCACUGGUGCCAAUAGCGGCGUCGGCUAUGCCGCGACGCAAGUAUUAGCCAGGGCGUCUGAGCAAUACCAUAUCAUAAUGGCCAGUCGAUCUCUCGAAAAGGCCACAAAGGCCAAGUCGGAGAUCGAGUCGGCGGGCAUCAAAGGCCGAUUGUCGACUGUGCAGCUGGACGUGACCGAUCAAGAAUCGAUCCAAAAGGCCGCUACAAGCGUGGGCCAAGAGUUCGGCAAGAUCGACGUCCUCGUCAACAACGCCGGCGUUGGUAACGUCGAUGUGGACGUGGCCACUCGCUUCAAGGCAUGCUUGACCAUCAACACGCUCGGACCGGCUCUGGUCUCUGCCGCGUUCCGACCUUUACUGCUCAAAUCUUCAACGCCUACCUCGAUCUACGUGAGCAGUGGAGGUGGCAGUCUCGCCAGGGUUGCCGACCUGACUGCUGCGAAACCACGGGCUCCAGGCAGUCCGGAUGCCUAUCAAGCAAGUAAAGCGGCGCUGAACAUGGUUGCAUUACAGGAGCGCGCAGACUUCCACGACCAAGGACUCAAGGUGUUCAUCAUAUGCCCGGGAUUUGUUCGCUCCAACUUGCGCGGAACAAGCCCUGAACUUGUCAGCGGCUGGGGCAUGGCUAAAGAUCCGGUCACUGCUGGCGAGACGUUGCUGAGCAUCAUCCAAGGCGAGAGGGAUGCGGAUGAAGGCAAAUUCAUCCACAAGGAUGGCAUAUAUCCUUGGUGA